CCCGAACACACACAUGCUCGUGCUGAGCUCUCUCCUCCUGCUUGGCUACCGCGCCGACGCGCUCGCCGGCGGUGUCGUGCCAAGUAGCAAUCAGCCGCUGCGGCGGACGCCAGCGCCCAUUGCCGCUCUGGACGCUCGCUAUCGCAAGUCGACUGACCUGUACAAGCGCCUCGAGCAGGGCCGCGGCGGUGGCCCGACCCGCCGCGCGGCGCCGGUCACGAAGCCCGUGCUGCUCGCGCCGGCGGGUGGCUGGCCGCAGGUCGAGGCGGCGAUCAAGGCGGGCGCCGACGCGGUUUACUUUGGGUGCGCCGCCGGCCUGAACGCUCGAGCGCGCGCGACCAACUUCGGCCUCGACGAGCUGCCCGCGCUGAUGGAGCGGCUGCACGCGGCCGGGCUCGAGGGGUACAUGUGCGUCAACGUGCUCAUCUUUGAGUCAGAGAUGGCGCAGGCGGAGCAGCUGGCGAGGACGGCCGAGGGAGCGGGCGUGGACGGUCUCAUCGUCCAGGAUGUCGGCCUCGCCUCGCGCCUCCACGCCGUCGCUCCCUCGCUGCCGCUGCACGCGUCGACGCAGAUGUCCAUCUCGGACAGCGACGGCGCCCGCUUCGCGUCGGAGACGCUCGGCGCGCGCACCGUCGUACUCACGCGAGAGCUGUCGAUCGACGACAUCGCUGCGGUGGCGGCGGCGGUGCCCGGCGCCAACGUCGAGGUCUUCGUGCACGGCCACAUGUGUGUGAGCUACAACGGGCAGUGCUUCUCGUCCGAGUCAGGCGGCGGCCGCUCCGCCAACCGCGGGCAGUGCCGCAUGCCCUACGGCCUGAUGGUGGACGGCAGGCUGAAGGAGCUGCGCGACGCGUCGCACUACCUGCUCUCGCCGCAGGAAACCCUGCUACCCACUACUGGCGGUAGUGACGGGCUGUUGACCCCGUCUGAUGAAGACCUCUGCGGACUCGAGCAUGUCCCGCGGCUGUUGGAGGCCGGCGUGCGCACCUUCAAGAUUGAGGGGCGACUCAAGUCGGCGGAGUACGUGUACGUCUCGACCCUCGCGUACCGCAGGGCGAUCGACGAGGCGUGGGGGGCGCGUGAGGCUGUCUCCGCCUCCCACACCGACGUCCUCGACGCCGCGGCGCGCGAGAGACGCGCCACGCCGCCGCCGCUCGCGCCCGACGCGCUGCGGCAGGAGCACGACGGCCACUCGGCCGGCUUCUUCGACGGGCCGCGCCACCAGACCUUCGUCCGGGGCCUCUCGCCGUCGCACCGCGGCGUGUGCGCGGGCACCGUCGUGGCGGCGCCGCGCAAGAACACCGUCCGCAUCUCGCGGCGCGUGGAGCUGAGCGCGGGCGACGGCGUCGCCUUCGGCGCAGCCAGCUCCGAGGCGGGCGGGAGGCUCUGGGGCGUGAAGAGCGAGGAUGCGUCCGCCGCGGAGGGCGGCGAGGCUGUGACGCUCGAGUUGGAGGACGCAUCCAAGCUGGCCGGCGUCCGGGUUGGCGACCUGGUGUGGCGCACGCAGCACGGGGCGCUGCAGCGCCAGCUCAAAGGGCUGCUUUCCGACCCCACCGCCGGGCGCGCCCUCGUCGACGUCGCGCUGGACGGCGAGAUCGGCGAGCCGCUCAACGUCACGGUGACCGACGGGCGAGGCCGCUCAGCGUCGUGCGUGACGGAGGCCGUCUUGCAGCGUGCGACCGGGACGCCGCUGUCGGAGCAGAGCCUGCGCAAGGCGGUGGGGCAGCUUGGAGGCACGCCGUUGGUGGUGAGGCAUGUGGACGUCGGCGGCGCCGUCGCCAGCGGCGGCGCUUGGCUCCCACUCUCAGCGGUCAAGGAGGCGCGUCGCAACGCAGUGGAGCGCCUCGUCGAGGCGCGGUCCGCGCAGCGCGCGCUCGCUCGCAAGCUGUCGCCGGCGCGGCGCGCGGCGCGCGAGAGAGAGGAGGCGCGGAGGCGCGCGGCGGCGGGGGAGGCUGCGUUGCGCGACGGCGACGGCGACGGCGACGGCGACGGCGACGGCGACGGCGGCGGCCGCAGCACUAGGCCCCAUUUGUCGGUGCUCUGUCGCACGCGGGAGCAGGUGGCUGCCGCCGCCGCGUGCGCUGCUGUCGAUGAGAUCGUCAUCGAUUUUCUCGAGCUCGACGGCAUUCGCGAGGGGCUCGCGGCCGCGCGGCCAAAGGCGACGGCGUACCUCGAGCUGGGCGUCGCGCGCUUGGCGCCGACCUUCGACCUCGACGCGGACCAGCUGUGCGCCCUCGUCUCGGCGCUGCCGCCGUCGCUGCGCUCUCGCAUCGAGGUGAUAAUCCACGCGCACGUGCCCAUCUUCCACACGGAGCAUUGCGUGUUUGCGCGCACCCUCUCCACCGGCAACUCGUACAAGGACUGCGGCCACCCUUGCACGCGCCACUCGCUCCACCUCGUGGACGGGCGGCAGCAGCGCCACCACGUGCUUGCCGACUCGGGCUGCCGCAACACCGUCUUCAACUCGCAGCCGCAGAGCGCAGCGCCGCGCGUCGAGCUCACCGACCAGCCCGCAGAGGUCGUCAGCCCGCUGCUGGAGCGAUACGCCGCGCUCGCGAAAGGCGGGGGCGGUGGGGCGCGGGGCGGCGGGGCGCGGGGCGGGGCCGAGGAGGCGUUCGAGUGGAUGGACGAGCACCUGGUCGACUCGACCGGGCACAGGCCGGGCGUGACGGCGGGAUCCUUUCGGCCGUCGGCCGAGCGCGCGUGGGCGUCGUUGCGGCCCACUGCGGCGGAGGAGCGGGCGAACGCGGCCGGACGUUGA